GGGCCUCCGGGUCAAGGGUCAGGAGGAGGAGGAGGAGGCGCGCCCAAGAUGGCGGCCUCCAUGUGCGACGUGUUCUCCUUCUGCAUGGGCGUGGCGGGCCGGGCCCGGGUCUCCGUGGAAGUUCGCUUCGUGAGCAGCUCCAAGGGAAAGGGGCUUUUUGCCACGCAGCUGAUCCGGAAGGGGGAGACCGUCUUUGUAGAACGGCCCCUGGUGGCCGCACAGUUUCUCUGGAAUGCACUCUAUCGCUACCGAGCCUGUGACCACUGCCUGCGGGCACUGGAGAAAGCGGAGGAGAAUGCCCAGAGGCUGACCGGGAAGCCCGGCCAGGUGCUGCCUCACCCUGAGCUGUGCCCUGUGCGCAAGGACCUCCACCAGAGCUGUCCCCACUGCCAGGUGAUGUACUGCAGUGCAGAAUGUCGGCUGGCAGCCGCUGAGCAGUACCACCGGGUCCUGUGCCCAGGCCCCUCCCAGAACGACCCCCUGCAUCCUCUCAAUAAGCUGCAGGAGGCAUGGAGGAGUGUUCACUACCCCCCUGAGACGGCCAGCAUCAUGCUGAUGGCCCGGAUGGUGGCCACGGUGAAGCAGGCUAAGGAUAAGGAUCGUUGGAUCAGGCUCUUCUCCCAGUUCUGUAAUAAAACGGCCAAUGAGGAGGAAGAAAUUGUCCACAAACUCUUGGGGGACAAAUUCAAGGGCCAGCUGGAACUUCUGCGGAGGCUCUUCACGGAGGCCCUUUAUGAGGAAGCGCUCAGCCAGUGGUUCACUCCAGAUGGGUUCCGGUCUCUCUUUGCGCUUGUUGGGACCAAUGGUCAAGGAAUUGGGACCAGCUCCCUCAGCCAGUGGGUCCAUGCCUGUGACGCUCUGGAGCUGAAGCCACAGGACCGCGAGCAGCUGGAUGCCUUCAUUGACCAGCUGUACAAGGACAUCGAGGCAGCCACUGGCGAGUUCCUGAACUGUGAAGGAUCAGGCCUCUUUGUGCUUCAGAGCUGCUGCAACCACAGCUGUGUCCCCAAUGCAGAGACCUCCUUCCCAGAAAACAACUUCCUUUUGCAUGUCACCGCCCUGGAGGACAUUAAGCCGGGAGAGGAAAUCUGUAUCAGCUACUUAGACUGCUGUCAGCGGGAGCGCAGUCGCCACAGCCGCCACAAGAUCCUCAGGGAGAACUAUCUGUUUGUCUGUUCCUGCCCCAAAUGCCUGGCAGAGGCUGAUGAACCCAAUGUGACCUCAGAGGAGGAGGAUGAAGAGGAGGAAGAAGGAGAGGCAGAAGAUGCAGAGCUAGGGGACGAAAUGACCGAUGUGUGAUGUCACCGUGCUUGGAAGGGGCCCUACCCCAGACUCUGCCAGAAAAUGGGCCUUCCCCCAGAGAAGAGGCUUGGAAGGAAGUCCCCACUCCCGUUGCCUGCUCCCCCCUCCCGCCCCGCCCUGUUCCAGCUGUUUCUGCCGGAGGGCAGGAAAGAGGCUGGACCCUGGGCUCUCCACUCCCCACCAGACCUCAUGCCCUGGACACUGCUGCCGAGGGGCUCGGGUUCUGCGCUGUCGCUGAGCCUUUCAGAAUCGGCCUCCUCCUGACGUACUCCAUUCCAGAGUGUGAGCGGCUGGAACAAGGUCAGGGCCUAACAGUACUUCUUCCCCCUUGGCCCCACGGCUGCGCCUUUCCGUCCGUCCGAGGCCUCGCCCCUCUCUACUUGCUAUUGAAGGGGUAACAAAGUGGCAGUCUGAGAACAGCCUUACUUUAUUGAAGAAGAAAGAAGAGGUGGUGCAUUGCCCUCACCUUCCCCACCUCCCAUCGUGGUAGCUAAUAAGGCAACUGCCUGACUACUGCUAGCACAGCCGAGUGAGGCAGGAAGGAGGACCCGGGCCUCUGGAGCACUCUCCCUACGGCUCUGCCAGGAAACACUGAGCCCGGGGGAGUGACUUCCCCUCCUUGGACGUCGGGGGGAGUGGAGAUGAACUCCAAACUCCAGAAUCUCUAUUUUGUGCCUUGCCUUUCAGGCCCUGGCACAGUGGCUGGCCCCACCGCACGGAGAAGGCUUCUGCCUCCCUCAGGAGGGGCGUGUGGGUAAUCGUUACCCCUUCCUCACACCACUUCCCGUUGAAGACUCUAGCAGCAUGGCUGAGACCUGGUGGGUGACAGGCCUGUGCAUCAUAGGAUGGCCCCCUGGGACCAGGUGAAUAGGGGCCUCAGUCCAUCGUUAGGGUCUCCACAGAGGAACACUGAAGUCUUCCAGAAACCUAGAAGAGCUGGGUUAGAUACUCGGAGAUUAGCCCUGAUUGUAUCCCCCAACCCCAAAUUGGCAGCACCCCUCGCUCUUGUUUUGGGUGCUGUGGGAAUUAUAACCCAUCACUUGCAAUUCCUUUCUGCCUGCCUUCCCUAAGGGGUCUUCACACCCCCUGCUAAGGGAUUUUAGGAAGGCAGGUACCUGCCUGUCUGGCCUAUUGGGUUCUUGCUCCUUCACAGCAGGCAGCUUCUCCUCCUACCCCCACCUGCCCACUGUUCUCAAUAAAAUGUGAGUGGUGACAGGCCUCUGAAGGAAUGCUUGGUGGAGAACUUGACAAGCUGCCGGAGCGCACAGCAGUCAUGUGGGUGGUGAAAGGCUCAAAAGGUAGACCGGAUAAUGGCAAGAGGUGGGAGCUCUAGCUUCCCAGUUUAGGCUCAUCUCUGGUCGCACCUACGCUCUGCCUUGCUGAUGUUCUAAAGCCCCAGAGCAGGGAUCCUCCAUGGGCCAGCAUGGUUCCCCGGCUCUAGGCAGCAAGAGGAGCCUUCUCCCCAGGGGACUAUGGCUCCUAAGAUCUUAAGCAGGAGGCUGUGUUGGGAUCCAAGAUUAGCCAUCAGCAGAGGUCCUCAGGGCCCCCGGGCAAGCCAUUUAUAGACUCUGGGCCUCAAUUUCCUCCCCUCAACACAGAGCAUGGGGCCAGAUGGGUGAGUUUGAAGCCCCACCCCCCCACCCACCCAUGUGCUCUUAUUCUAGGACACAGUUGCAACCCUGAUGAGAGGUUUAUUGCUAAAAGUCAGUGAGGGGUUAUUAAGUCCUCAAACACUAGCUCCUUAAACCACCCCAAUAACUGCUGUGAAGGACACAGGAGACCCUGGGUGGGGGAGGCUGGAGCCGAGCCAGGUGAGAUAUGACGGGUCACAGAUGGCCCUCAGGCCACCUGCCUUUAGCCCCUUUUGUUCCAGAUGCUAGCCAAGAGGCCCUGAGGCUUGCAUCUUCCCAUAGCAUGAGACACCCUUGGGAGCCCAGGGGAGGGAGAACAGUGUGACUUUCCUUAGCCUAGCUAAGCCCAAGCCUUUUCCAUCUACCUGGCUCCCUUAUCCCCAAAGGCUGUCUCCAAGUCCCAAACGCCAGGAUUUCUGGGUUCCCCCUUCCCAGCCUAGAGUUGGCUGGAAGGUGGGACCAACUCUUCUACCAGAAGGUCCAGGGUGGUUGCAGCAGCUCAAAGGUGGGGAUGCUGGUGACAUUGACCGGGAUGGAAAUGAUGGCCCAUGGCAGCCCAUGCUGUUCCAGGGAGCGGCGGAUCAUGUAGCUGGGAGGGCAUGAAGAGAGGUGGUGAUGGUCAUUUUCCCAGCACCCCAUCAUGCCCCACUGUCCCCAUCACUCUGGGAGGUCCAGAGCCCGAGGACUUUUGACCCUCCAACUGGUUCACCCCAAGAUGAGGCUUGUGGGAAAGGGACUGGUGAUUGCCCUUGACCUCCAGAGACAAGGAGCCCUCACCCAUCUCGGCCGAGUAGGAAGAGGGCAGGGAUGUCAGCCGUGCGCUGGGUACUGUCCUGGAUCAUCUCCACAUAGAAGCUGUCAUUGUCAACUGCGUUGUCAGAGAUGAUCACCGCCCGCCCGCCAUGUUCCUGCACCACCCGGGUCUUGGAGAGGAAGGAGCAGCCCCUGGAAAAGGUGAUGAGAUUAAAGGAAAGGCAGGCUCUUAGCUACCCCUCCCCUAGGUCAUCACCCUAGGAGGCUGAACAGACCAUAGAUAAUUUUUCAGAAAGGCUCACGAAUAAAUGGCCAAAAAGCAUGGAUAAUCUUAAAGACUCUUAAAAAAUGUUGAAUUAUUUAAGAACUAUUUCAAAGGACCACCACCACCACUGAUCUUAGGAGCUUCCCUAUUCCUGCCUUGUGCCAGUGCCUCCCCACGCCUCACCCCCUCUCCACCAGAGCGAUCUGGUCCUGGAUGAAGAAGCCAUUGCUGAGUUCUCCGCAGGCUUCUGAAGGUUCCGCGGGGACAAGGUGGAUCUGCUCAUACCUUGUGUGCUGAAAGAAACAUUAGACAGGUCACGGGGUGAGGAGUGCACCUGCUUUAGGACCGGGCUGAUAUCCUAUUCAUCAGUUCCUCACAAGGUGUGAAGAGGUGUGGAGUGGUUUCUGUGUGCUGGCUACUUCUCACAAAAUAGUUGCCCUACCCCUUUCCAGGAGAUAGGCAAGGGAGCUGGUACGGUCCCAGAAUGAGGAAGUAGCUUGCCCUAAGUUAUCAUUCAGAAGUACAGCUAGCAGGGCCCUUGGUUUUUCAUGUUUCCAAAGACAAGUCCCUCCGUGGCGCCCAGGGAAGUAGCUGGAGGCCCUUCCUGCACUGCAGCCCCUGCACUGCUCGCUCCCAUGUCCCAGCACUCAAGUAUUGGUUGAAGGGAGGAAAGGGAGCACCUCAGCUUAGUGAGGAGAAGAUGGCGACAGGAUCAGAGAGGAGGGAUCCUCCCCAAACUUACAAAGAUGCCACCAAAAUCCUUUGCGGGUGUAGCUGUGAAAAUGUAUCGAAUGUCUCCGGGACUCAGCACUUGGAAGUACAAAUAAUCAUGGAUGCGUAAGCCUGCAAAGUAAAAGGUACAGAUGAGAAGCCCCCAGGGACCCUUUGUUGUCAAGAAGGCUGUCUAUGGUCAGGGCCCCAGGACUCCGUUUCAGCCAAGUGGGUCCUCCAGUGGGUGAGACAUGGUCCCUGCCUUGGGGAGGACAGAGUUGAUGCAGAGUUAGUAAAUGUUAGUACAGACAGAUUUAUAACUGCUGCUGUUUACAAAGGUGAGCCAGGAAGACGGCUCUCGUGUGAUCUCUGAGGGUUCAUCUGUCUUUGCUCUGAAGAGGACCUGAGACUUUCAAGGAGAAGAUAUGUUAGUCUGGAUACAAAACACGCUCCUAAAACUGAAACGUUCACUCUCUGGUCCCAAUGCCA